AUCAAUUAGCAUUGAAUGCAUUUUAUUGUCAUAGUUAAAUACAGAACAUAAUGGAUCGAUUGGGAUAUUUUUUGCUGCUCUGCUUUGGAUUAGUCCUAUUGUCUGAGACAGGUCAAAGCGAUUCCGGAGUGGAACAAUGCGUAGGUCAUUUUACGAGGCCUUUGAAAUUGGAAGAUCUAGACCCUCGAGAAGUUAAGCAGAAGUGCGAAGACUUAAGAGCUUGCGCGAAGGCAUCGUAUACCACGGAGGUUGGUCAUGGACAAAUUCUUCGUAAUAUUGUGGGCUGUGUACAAGACCUAUGUGCAGAGCUUAAUAAGGAUGGACAAAAAAGACUACCCUGUGACUUUGUAGAUGGAGCAGCACGUACCAUUAAAAAAUUAUAAUUAAAAUGCAC